AUGGAGUUUUCCUUCCAAAGCAACUCGUCGUCUGAAAACCUGACCGGAGCCAAGGUCUUCUUCCUGUGCGCCACCUCCGCCCCCUGCUGCUUGUUCCUCAUCAUCAACGGCACCAUCCUCGCAGUCCUGCGCAGUAAACCCUCGUUCUCCCAGUGCCCGCGGUACGUCCUGCUCUUCAACCUGGUGCUCGGCGACACAGUGCUCAUCGCUCAGGCCCAGACUCUGUACCUCCUCGCUUCCUUUCAGAUCCGGAUCUCGUACCCUCUGUGCGGCUGUCUGGCCAUGGUUUCCUUCCUGACCAGCUACAUCUCUCCGUACACGUUAAUAUUCAUGUCGUUGGAGCGCUGCGUCGCCGUGUGUUUCCCGUUCAGACACUCCGCCGUUGUCACUCUGAGGAACACCUUCAUUUGCAUCUUCUUAACCUGGAUGUUUAGCUUUGCAGACAUCCUAACCCGCGUCGUCCUCCUUCUCCGGUUCCCGUUCCGUGACUUGCCGACUCUACUGAUGCCCAGCUACUGCAACAACGUCGGGAUGUUGCUCAACCCCGGAUCCAAAGUGUAUUCCGACGUCUUCACUUACAUCCUAUUCCUGUCGUGCAGCCUCAUCAUCUCCUCUUCCUUCGUGGCCGUGAUGGUGGUCGCUCACGCCGCCUCCUCGCAAAAAGAGUCUGCGGAUAAAGCAAAGAAGACGCUGCUCUUGCACAUGUUCCAGUUGUUUCUGAAUCUGGUCUCGACGCUGAACAUGACGCUCUUCACGACGGUCGAGGAGUCGGGGCAGCAGCACUUGGUGGGGAAGUUCUUCGUGGUGGUUUAUAUACUGGUCAUCUUGACUCCGCGCGGCGUCUCUGCUCUGACGUACGGACUGCGCGACCCCAAACUGCGCCCGCUGCUCCUGUCGCGCCUCUGCUGCUGCGUCCGUGUCAGGCUCGGCCCUGUCAAACUGCACAUGACUCUACAGAGGUCGGCCAAAGUUUAA